CCCCCCUCACUACACAUGGCUUGUUGGAAUCACUUCUGGGUGGCUGUUAUUGCUUUCUGGACAAUACUCUGUUCAAAUCACGCCUUUCCAGAUGGAGCCCCCGAAUCUGCCUGUGAGAAUAUGUUGCCUGUCCAUAUUGGGGUACAGGCUCAAAUGGUUCCUAGUCCUUAUGAAGUUUCGGUUAGUACUCCUUCCUUCCAAAAUAGACAGCUGGUUAAUGUUCAGAUCCUAGGAGCUGCCUAUCGGGGAUUGUUGUUGGAGGCGCGUUCGUUUCACUCGGCCGCUGCCCUGGGAUUUUGGCAAACUCCCCCAAACAAUACCAGACUUUUACAGUGCUCUGGAAAUCCUCAAGGGGCCAUUACUCAUUCCAACACCAAUUUAAAAAUGAAUCAGAUCUACUCCUGGCUGCCACCUCCCUUACACUGUCCCUCAGUAGUUUACUUUGUGGCGACCGUGGCCCAAUCACAUGACAUCUACUGGACUAAGGUCAAAUCCAAAGUGAUCUGGAGAAGUCCUCAAGCCACAUGUGGAGUGGGAACAUCUGGGAGACAAUUUUCCUCUGCUGUAGGAAUUGCCUGGUUGGUACUGAUGAUUUUGCUUAUAUAAUUGUUUUUAAAAAGGUGUAACCGAAGCAAUUGUGUUAUCUAUUUUUACUGCCUUGAGUAGCUUUUCUCAGAAUCCUAUUUUUCUGCUCCCAACUUUGUAACACAUUCACUGCAAUGCUUGUUUUAAAUAUUGUUUUAUUUAUAUUAAAUGCUCUGCUAAAAUAAAGAAUAUCAUGUCAUGGCUUUA